AUGAAAUUCGACCUCUCCACGGCUCUGGUCUUGGUGCUCGGGUUUACCGCGGGAAUAGCAACUGCACAGGGUAGGCGGGUAGAUCUGUGCAAAGAGGGAUUUCACUGUAAUAAAGAUAUCGACUGUCAGGCAGAUCCGGAUUGUCAGCGUAAAGCAGAGGGCAUGGAACCGAGAAUGAAGACGAUCGCGAUCUACUGCCAUACGCUGAAGCGUCGGCAUGGCCUCUAA